GGGACAGAAUCAAAGUUUGCAAUGAAAUGCAGUGCGCUAUGUUAUCCUGGGAGAUAACGCUGGGAAAGUCAAUUCUUCCCCGGUCUAGUUCCCCUGGGAAUAACUCCGCAAGUUGGGCACCUUUGGGGAGCUUGUUACUUAUCCUGCUUUAUCUGAAAUUAUACCAUGGUGGGCAGCUGAUGGAUGGUGGAAGAGUGAGAGAUGCUCUGGUGAUGGUAUGUUAGCGCAUAUGCAUGAUAAACUCAGCUUUGUUCUUUUUUUCCUGCAUGUCUUUACAGUGGUGGCUAUGCGGUGGAUGUAAACUUCACCCAUCCUUACUCUAGGGAUGGGGUGGUUUAUGAACUGUUAGUAAGGCUGAGAAAAUUCAAACUUCUUAGAACUGACGUGAAACAGUAAAUGUGUGAUUGUUGCCUGCCUGGUCGUUUGAGCUCUGCUUUCUCCAGUGUUUGUGUUAUAGGCAUUUAGGCAAGCUUUCCGUUUUGCAAUAUAGAAAUAUUUUCAAAGCUUUUGUCUUAAUCAAGCGUAAUAUCCAAUCCCAGUAUUUCUAGGUCUACCUGUACCUUUUUAAAUAUUAAACUCCAGUCAUUUUAGUAUAUAUGCAGCCUUGUAGUGAGAGGUGUCCCUGCCCAUCGCAGGGGGGUUGGAAAUGGAUGAUCUUUAAGGUCCCUUCUAACUCAAACCAAUCUAUGAUUUUAUGAUUCAUUAAUUAGCAUUAUAGUAAUCCUAUUUCUUAUCUUUUUCUCUUUCAGAGUUAACGCUUUAUCGCCACAGAGGGCAGCAAUGGGAGUAUGCAGUUUUCUGUUGAAAAAUUCUCUCAAGAGCUCAUGAUUUCUUUCCACUUCCCCUCUUAACGUUUCUACUGCUCCGCAGACAUGGCUCACCACACGAGGCCUUCCAGAUUAGUCAAAAAGGAAGAGUUAGGCAAAAGGAAAAAUAACCAGGGCAAAAAGAAAUCUAGCCAAGUGAGAAAGAAAACCACAAAGACUUCCACAAAAGCUGUUAGUACUGGAAAAAGCAAAAAGCCAGCACAAGAAAAAGAUGUUAAGAAAAAACAGCAAGAAAAGAAACCAAUCAUGAGCUCUUCAGGUAGACUUCUCAGGAGCAGUGUAAGCAGAACCUUGUCUGGAGCUUCUUGGGUGACUUUGGAGAAAGCCGACAGUAUCCUCUUUCAUAACCAGGAUUCUUUCAGCAUCAAUGGCUUUACAAUGUCUCUCCGUAACCGAUCAUUCUCCCGUAGACUGUCCCAAACUCCAAUUGCAAAACCCAGGAAAGCUGCAGCACAGAAAAGGCUAGAAACAAAAGAAAAACAUGAACAAGAAGCCCAAGCAGUAAUAGAAGAAAAAAAUGUUGAAGGAGGUGAAAGAGUUUUUGAACAAGUUUUAGCACAAAAUGAGUUAGCUCCUCUACCUGUACAAGGUGCUCCAUGUGGUGUUGGCGAAGAGCCUGCUACCACGUGUGCCACUCAGGACAAAGAGGUAGGAAUACCUGAAACAAAUGACUCCCUUCCAAGCAGACAGGUAACUGCUAACGAUUCAGAAGCAUCGGAGGUGAAAUACGAGCAUGAAAACCUGCCCUGUGAACAAACACCCAGUGAUCUUGAGACGGGUAGUUUGGCUGAAGCAUUUGUUGAAGGUGCUGUGCCGGUGCUUCCAUCUUCUCCUUCUGACUCCGUAAUCACCUCUGAAUCAAACUCGAAGGUUUGUGCAGAGACUCCCUUUGACCUGGUGCCUAACAGUAAAGAACCUGACUGCAGUUCUGUCGAUACCUCAGACCACAGCUCAGCAGUACCCUUAGAGGAGUCAGUCCCACUUGCCAAACCCCACAUGGGGGCAGAGUUGGACCUGGUGCUACCUAGUGAAGAACAAGACUCGAAUUCCACAGCUAUAGUUAUCUCUGAGAUUAACGCGCAAGAACAUUUAUUGGCAGAUGCAAGCUCACUUGCAGAGUCCUGCUUGAAGGCAGGCUGGGAUUUAGAGUCUGGGGUUAAAGAUGUUUGUUCAGAGUCCAGCUCUGUAGCUGCUGCUGAAUCAAAUUCGCUUUCAUAUUUCGAAGGUGCUAGUGCUGAAUCAAAUUUGCUUUUAUAUUUUGAAGGUGCUAAGGCUGAAUCAAAUUCGCUUUUACAUUUCAAAGGUGCUAAGUCUGAAUCAAAUUCGCUUUUACAUUUUGAAGGUGCUAGCGCUGAAUCAAAUUCGCUUUUACAUUUUGAAGGUGCCAGCGCUGAAUCAAAUUCACUUUUACAUUUUGAAGGUGCUAGCACUGAAUCAAAUUCGCUUUUACAUUUUGAAGGUGCUAGCUCACCUGCAGAAUCCCACAUGAAACUGCCUGUGGAUUUUGUACCUGUUCACAAAGAGCUCAACUCAAAUGUGGAUUUGAGCUGUAUGAGAGAGAAUUCAGAAUCUUACUCAAAACCCGUAUUCACAGUAUGUGAACCAGUUUCCGAUACCUCUUUAAACAAUAUUCAAGUGGGGGAUAUUGAACAGCUUGUUAAAUGUAUUGAUGCAGAGACAUUAAUUUUGAAUUCAGGUUGUGUCCAUACUUCAUCUCCAGACUUAGAGAAAAGUGCAGUCGAUAAAAUCUCUGGUGAAAGCUCUGGACAAUUCUCUGAAGGUAUUGUUUCGGAAUUGCCUUCAAGCACAGAAAUCUCCACUCCUGCCUCAGAAAAAGCCAUAAAUGCAGGUUUGCCAGCUGACUCAAGACUGCAGCAUGAUGAUUAUUCAUCACAGCUGGGAAGUGUCGGAGUAAGCCUGAAUUUGGUUCAGGACAAUGUGAGAGACAGCACUGAAGCAGUAGAGGCUUCAGGGCCAUCCUCUCUUAAAAAUCCAGCUGGUGAUUACCCCAUUCCGUAUUCAUCCCUGCUCCCUAUGCUAGAGAAGAAGAAACGAAGGCGUUGUGGAGUCUGUGAGCCCUGUCUGCGGAAAACAAAUUGUGAAGAAUGCAGCUGUUGUAGGAAACGCAAAACUAGUCACCGGAUAUGUAAAAAGAGAAAAUGUGAAGAACUGAAAAAGCCGCCGCCGCCAAUCACGCUACCUUUUGAGGUCCUGACCGAGAACAAGAGGCCUCAGAGGAGGAAGCAGAGAGCUUUGAAGGCAAACUUAGAAAACAAACCAGUAAAUGGCCGCAGACCAGAACUCAUGGAAUGCAGUAUAUGUGGUCAUGGUGAAAAAUACAGGGUGAAAACAAACCAAGCGGUACCUGUACAAAAUGUGCAGUCUAAGGAGAAAGAAAGAAUGACGGGCUUAGAAGCAGAGAAGUGGGCACAUAACGAGAAGCCAUCUUUUGGUGUCCAUGUCAACGGAGAUAUCCAUGGAACUGUGACAGGCAAUGAACACUUGAAACAUGCUGAAGAAAGUGAAAGAGUGGUCUCUCCCAGUCAGUUAGCUGAGCCAAAAAAAUCAUUUGCACAGACCAUCAAAAAUGGCAUAAAACCCCUACAUUAUUCACCACCAGAAGCUGUUGCUUCGCUGAAAAAAGUAUCUGUGGAGGAAAGGACGGAUUUCACAAGCAACUCCCAUACGCAAUGGACGAAGGCUGCCAAUCUGAAUCACAUAGUAAACACUCUAACGACUGGUGUUGGCUGCAUUCACCCAGAAAACCAAGGAAAUGUUUUAAUCAAAGAGGAAAACUGCACUUGCAGCAUCUUUCAGGAUUCCGAUAAGUCGGUUUUGCAAACUGUUUCCAUUUCGGAUCUGCAAGAAAGCUUGUGUUGUCCUCCGCUGCCCGAAGAGGAAGGGCAUGUGGGGGAGGAUGGCUUUAAAGUACCCAAGGCAGAGACGCAGUGUGAGGAUUCUUCACUCCAACCGACUUUCUUGUCCCUGAUUAAAAACAGAAAUUUAACUGUAGAGCAGGUUGUAGCUAUUGAAGCUUUAACACAGUUAUCCGAAGCCCCUUUAGAAACAACUUCACCAGCUAAAACUGAAUGUACAGAAGAAACAACUUCCAACUUGCUCCAUAGUUCUAAAAGGGAUAUUUCAUCCUCCUCCACAUCUUCUGCAUUAAAAGAAAUCAAAGACACUUACUUGCAAAAUGAGCAACAGCUCUUGGCUCACUGCGCUCACUCGCAGAAGCAGCUCCCUAAUAAGGCAGUGUUAUACAAUGGCCAAGGUUCAGUUUCUGAACUGCGGGAUAAACCUGCCAAUCUGGCUGGCGAGAUGUAUAAAUUACAGUUAUCCUCAAGAGAUGCCAAAACUUUAUCUGACUUCACGUCUAAUGCAAAAUCAUUUUCAGGAUACGUUACUAAGAAAAAUUACACUCAUGAUCCAGUCUCCCUUGCGCAGUACUGCAACGCUUCACUUAAUGCCCAGCAAACCAGUAACAGCUUGGAAGCCCUUGGCCAGUUAGAGCAAAAGCCAGCCUGUAAUGAUUUGAACUUGGAAGCUGGUUCUUUGAUUAAAGAAGGAGUAAUUCACAGCCAGGAUGAAGAAGAUGUAGCUACACAGUUAACCCAACUUGCAGCGCUAAUUGAAUCAAACCAGACAAAUCCAGAGCAGAAGAAUGACAUAAAGGCAUCACUGCUGAAUCUAAUAUCACAGGAGAGGCAGCCAAAAUAUAACCAAGAUCUGUUGCAGAAAAAAGAAGCUGUAUUUUUUAAACAUAAUUACAGUUCCUUACUGUUAAAGCAAAAACAACCAACAAAUAAAAAAGGAAAUGCAGUACCAUGGAAACCACGACACAAAAAGAAGCCUCAAGAAGCACGUUAUCAACAGAAUAAUCAAAACCAUCUAGAGCUGUUGUCAUGCCAGCGUAGUGAGUUACAGGACAUUUGGAUGUCAUCAAAACUGCACAAGCUUGGUCAGACCAUGCCACAGGACUCCAGAAUAGCUCCAUCUGAAAAAAAGUCUCCAAGAACCAAAGUACAAAGAGCACUGAAUCAAAAUACUUUAGCAUCACAAGAAAAGACUAGAUUAUUUCUCCCGCAAACACAGAUAAAAUUCCACAGAUGUUUACCUGAGGUACCGCACGAGAAAAAAAAAGACAGGCUGUUUGGCUGCGAGGUGGUGAAUGAACAAAUCAAAACUGCAGGCUCCGGUGACCCACUAGGCAUCGAACGACUGAAAAAUGAAGUUGUUGCACGUAACCAAUUCAGCGACCUGCCCUCCCAUAAUCCUCUGGCCGUUUCACAGUUGAAAACGGCAUCCUUAGUGAACAGACCAAGCGAAAACCUACAGAUGUUUACAGAAAAAUGUAAUUCUCAGGUACAGCAAACAGCGGAUGCCAGCCAGGGGCAUCCUUUGCCUCAGACUUUUAAUCAGUCUAACCUGAGAGCCAACGAAAUGCGUAGUGAAGAUAAAGCCUAUAUUCAUCAAGGUGCUGUCAAACAACAAGUAGACCCGAAGUCGCAGGUGCUGCCUGUUCCCUGUGGUGGGGCCCAGGUCCCAGGUGCUGUUGGAGCUCUCAGGAAUAUGGAGUGUGCGGGCGAAGUCACUGUUCUGACGUCAACCAGUUUGGGUACUGACCACCCACAGAGCACAGGUGACUCAGGGUGUUCUCCAGCAAAAAACACACUCAGCAGUUUCCUUGAAUCACCGAUGAAGUUUCUUGAUACCCCUACAAAAAAUUUAAUAGAUACGCCUACCAAAAAAGGACAGUCGGAAUUGCCAACUUGCGACUGUGUUGAGCAAAUUAUAGAGAAAGAUGAAGGCCCGUAUUAUACGCACCUCGGGACGGGACCAAGUGUUGCUGCUGUGAGAGAAAUAAUGGAGAACAGGUAUGGAGCAAAAGGAAGCGCUGUAAGAAUAGAGGUAGUGGUUUAUACAGGAAAGGAAGGAAAAAGCUCUCAGGGGUGUCCAAUUGCCAAGUGGGUGAUCCGAAGAAGUAGUGAUGAGGAAAAGUUGCUGUGCUUGGUGCGUCAGCGUGCAGGACACCACUGCCAAACUGCUGUCAUAGUGAUCCUCAUCCUGGCCUGGGAGGGGAUCCCGCAUCUCCUGGCUGAUACGCUCUACAAAGAACUGACGCAGAGUCUCAGAAAAUACGGCUGUCCCACCAGCCGCAGAUGUGCAUUGAACGAAGAUCGUACUUGUGCGUGUCAAGGGCUUGAUCCAGAAACUUGUGGAGCGUCGUUCUCAUUUGGCUGUUCAUGGAGUAUGUAUUUCAAUGGCUGUAAGUUUGCCAGAAGCAAAAACCCCAGGAAAUUCAGGCUUCUCACUGAUGACCCUAAGCAAGAGGAACUUCUUGAAAAUAAUUUGCAAACUUUAGCAACUGAUGUGGCUCCAGUUUAUAAAAAACUUGCUCCUGAAGCUUUCCAGAACCAGGUGGAAAAUGAACACAUGGGCCCGGACUGCCGGCUUGGAUCCAAGGAUGGUAGGCCUUUCUCUGGGGUAACAGCUUGCAUAGAUUUCUGUGCCCAUGCCCAUAAGGACACACACAACAUGCACAACGGAAGCACUGUGUCCAAAGGCUGCCCAGAGGAGGUCUGUACGCUGACGAAGGAAGAUAACCGGAGAGUGGGGGUGAUUCCCAGUGAUGAGCAGCUCCAUGUGUUACCGCUCUACAAAAUUUCACAGACAGAUGAAUUUGGCACUGAAGAAGGACUGGAAGCGAAGAUAAAAGCCGGAGCCAUACAGGUGCUGACAGCUUUUCCCAGAGAAGUACGAAUGUUAGCGGAACCUCUCAGAGCUACAAAGAAGAAGAAACCAGACACAAGGAGGACCUCGACUGAAAAGCAGCCAUUAAUUGAUAAGAAAUACUCAACACCAGUAAAGCUGAAAACUGAAGCCCCAGAAAACCUCAGCAACGCUGUGCAUUGUUUAGGGAACAAACCAGAUGCUUUAAAACCUGGAAUAAAAACGGAGACUUCCGAUCACCUCUAUGCCAUGAAACAUACUUCAAACACUACUAAAAAUUGCUCUCUAUUAAAACAGUAUACGGCUUCCUCCCCUUUUAAGGUGGAUGGUUUACAGCCUUACCCACCUCUAGCACAUAAGCCUGGCCUGACAGCAGUGACCAAUCUUCAACAAGAUUUUUCAGUUCCCUACGGGUAUUUUGAAUGCAGUAGUAAGCAACCUCACGUGACACCUUACGUUAAUUGUAAGAACUUUGAUGUGUCGGUCAAAGAUUAUACUGGAAUUUUGCUGAACGAUAAGAUGAAUGGUGUGCCACCGAUUCUUCCAGAGGUCACUGCUCCAGGUCCCCCAGCCCACAAAGACCCCCUGCCCACUAUACUUGAACAUCAGACAGACAAACAGAAUUGUCAGCCUCAGUUAGACAAUUCUCCUUCUUCAGAGAUGAUCAGCUCUUCUGAUUUGUCAGUACCGCUAAGCUCUCCGGCAAAGGAUGCAGUCGGAAACGAAGCUGACUGUUCCCAUGGAUGCCCAGUGGAAAAGGGCAGCUCCCAUCGAGAACAGAUGUGUGGGUUUGACUGUGCUGAUGAAAAGCAAAGCAGUGCACUGGGACAACCGACUGAUUCUGAAGAGAAAGCUGAGGAAUUAUGGUCAGACAGUGAGCACAACUUUUUGGAUGAUGACAUUGGUGGGGUUGCUGUGGCACCUUCUCAUGGUUCUAUUUUAAUUGAAUGUGCAAGGCGUGAACUCCACGCCACCACACCUAUUAAAAAACCCAACCGUAAUCAUCCCACAAGGAUUUCUUUAGUUUUCUACCAACACAAAAAUUUAAAUGAGCCAAAACAUGGUUUAGCCAUGUGGGAAGCAAAGAUGGCUGAGAGGGCAAAAGAAAAAGAAAAAGAAGCAGAAAGAUUGGGAACAGAGAACACUGACCUGAACUCUGCCAGCAGGAAAACAAAGCAAGCAAAUGAAAACAGAGAUAUUUUUUAUGAAGACAAUGAGUUCAACCAAAUCCCAUCACGCAGAGCAUUAACAGUAACGAAGGAUAACGUAAUCACAGUAUCUUCUUACGCCCUUACACGAGUGGCAGGGCCAUACAACCAUUGGGCAUAGGUGUCGGUAUCGAAUGCCUCCUCUUGGUGCAGUGUUACACGGUGUUUCUUUAAGGUGCUGUUAAAGAACAAGUCUCGUGUCGUUUACUCUUUGCUCAUCUCAACCAUUUUAAGGCUGAGGUAAAAAAAAAAGUUGGGGGGGGUUCUUCUUAAACUGUGACUUUAACAUUUGGUGGUGCUCAAGCACAUUUUAAGCAAAAAAAAAAAAAGAAAAAGUUGUAUAGUUUUAAUACAUUCUAAAAAAAGAUUUUGUUUAGGUUAUUAACCUUGAUUGAAUCAUUCAGUUUAUUACCUUUAGGAAUUUAUAUUUUGGUGCUUUAAAUCAAAUCUGUUUACUACAGAAAUCAUUUAUAGGGAUUUUAACAGGUUCACAUUUUAUGGUGUUAAAUCAAGUUAUACGGUAAUAGCUCUACACAGCUCUUGGUGCUUAACCACAUCGAACAGUUACAAAUAAAUAAGCUGAAUUAUUACUUCAUGGUGCCAUUGCUUUAACAACUUCCAACCAUUGCUCUAUAGUCCAAAUUACAGAUAAAUCUUUUAGAAAACCAAUGAAUUUUUUUUCUCUAGAUUUGUCAUGAUGGAUGAAACAAUCGGUAAUGAUGGCUGGAAGUUGUUUUUAAGCUGUAAAUAUAUAUUUUAAAAGCACUUUCUAUUUUUAAAAUUAACUUGAAAUAGUAUAGUAUAAGGAUCAUAUUGUCUAAGGUUUGUGCAUACUCUACAGAAGAAAUCAUUUUAUUCUUGCUGUGUAGAGUUCCAUAUUGUUACAGCUGCAGUUUGUAUGCUAAUAGCAUAUGUGAUUCUUCUUAGACUUGCCUUUCUUCAUCGAAGAUUUUAUGUUGCAUAUAAACAACUGUUAUGAAUUACAGGAACAGUUUAUUAUUUUCAAGAGUGUACAAACAUGAAAUUAGGAGAUGUCUUGUCAAUAUGUGUAUUGCUAUUGGGAGUUAGGAAUAUUAUUUGGUUUUUUAAAGGCAGUGUUUGUUAUGAUUUCUUUGAGCAAUAAGUGCAUAAGUCUCAUCCGUUUGGAGCAUUCUAAGUUAACAUGACGACCAAAUGUUCCUAAUGCCUCAGGGGUAGGAUUGUUUUUUGGGAUAAAAAAAAUACCCCCUAGAGUUGCCUUAUUCUAUUCUGGAAAAAGAAAAAAUAAUUUGGGGAAAAUACAAAGGAGGUGUUGGGAAAGUAAGAAAUUUCUAAUAUUUAACAGCAAAUUUUUCAGUAAGAAUUAACCUUUCUGUAAGAUUCACCAGCUUUCUGAGUUCCGUUUUUUUACAAAAAAGAUUUGUAAAUUUUAAGUGAUUUAUACAUUUCAUGUAGAAAGGGUUGUAUUCUUCCAAACAUAUGAAAUUUAUGUUCUCCAUGUCUGUUGAAAAAAUGACGCAUCAUGAAAUGAAUAUUUGCUAAAUCACAGGUAAAACAGACACUCCACUGCUUUUAAAUACUGUAGCAUCCCACUCUUCUUUCUGAUUCUCCUCUCCUAUGUAUUUCUUUGUUAUAAAACUUAUUUAUUUAAACAAAUUACCAAAUGACAACAUUGGUUAAGGACCGACCUCAUCCUGCAACUUCUGUGAGAACAGCUCUGCGUAGCCAUACCUGCCCAGUCAGAGCCAGGAGCUCGAGCCAGGACUCCUCUCGUGACCGAGAGCUGCAGGAUCAGGGCCCAGAGACCAAGCGGUAUCUUAAUUCUGCCUUGGAGUCCUCCUCCCCGACUGGGUGACCUGUAGGUAUAAAGAGGUCAGAGUUUUCCAGUGCGAAAAUGUACUAAUAAUAUACUUGAUAAUAUUGUAAUGUAGCGGUGCUGUAACAGAGGAACAUGAGCUAUCUAGUUCUGCUUUAUUUAAAACCUAGACAAGGUGCUUUUUCCUUGAGAAGAUGAACUGUAAGCGCUAUAUUUACAGUUUCGGUACGAAAAGUACAUAAAUGGUAUUUUUAACACAUAGUGCCAGUAGGACCUUGGUGCUACAAAUAUUUACACGUGGCCGUAGAUCAACGAGACUCUUCACCUUUAGAGACGUGCGCACAUGCAGUGCUCGCAGGAGCAAGGUCUGGAGUAGCGAUUGCUCCAUAAUGACCUUGGGUUCAAUUCUACAGAGUCCUGUCACAACUAACACCAGUGUUGGCGGCAGAUGUGGCCGAAUUGAACCCUUUCUUUGUAUCUUACCUAUUUUAAGUACAAUUUGUAAAAACCGGGUAUGCUGCAAAUUUUAGUUCAAAGCUUAAUAUUAGUUCAGAUAGAGGAUAUGAAGGGAUUGUAAAUAAUAAUGAAACAAAAACAAUAUUAUGCCAUCGUUUUGUACCAGCAGUUUUAUGCUUCUUGACUAUGUAAUAUACAGUAUACAUCAAAUCAUUAUGGUAUUUUGUGUGCCUUAGAUUGCCAUUUUAAAACUUGUAUAUUUUUGGUGAGCCGAAGAUUAGUAAGGAUUCCAGCUGCCCACAUGGUGGUACUGUAGGUUCUCUAGCUGUUCCGUUGAUGUAUUUGCUAUCUGAAAACCCUUGUCCUAGACCAGGAUCGAUUGUUUACAGAAAAGAUUAGUUUAUUGGUUUCACAGAUGAAGCUGAUAGCUUUAGUUUGUAGAAGCGCACAUCGAAAACCACAUUUCUCAUUCAGUGCUCCCAUGUGAAUAACAAUUUUUCUACACAGAAUUGGUUAAGUUACAGAGCCAUUUCUUUACCUUCUAAAAUGUUCAGAUCAUAAAAGCAAACCAUUGCUACUUGAAUCUUCCCCUGUAAAUGCCCAUGUUUAAUGUAUGUAUGAUUGGAAACUUCCUGAUAAAAAAAACAUCAGCUUCCCUCAAAGAAGUGAGAAUCUAAUGGGUUCUCCAGACACAACGCCUGGCAAGUCACUGCUCAAGUGACUGCACCAAUAGAUAUCUCUAAUUCCAGGUCUACCUGUUUUGAGAUGGCAAUUUUACCAGAGAAAAGUAUACCUUAAUGUAGUAGUUUAAGCUAUUAGCUGAUAGGUGCUAAAACUCACAGUUACUACUUUAUUAAGAUUACUUACAUAGGAAAAAUGUAUCAUCUCUACAAAACUGUCAUUCGCGGUGCUCUUUCCUUGACUUUCUCUCCCAUAACUAAUUUGCCAGCAGGCCCCCACCGGGCAUUUGCUGGCCAUAUCCUGCUGUGGUGCGGAGCAUGGGGAUUUGAUUUUCUGGUGCUGGACCAGGGGGUAGAAAAUGCAACUAUUUACUGUUUUUAAAGCUGUGUGCUAUUUAUUAUAACAUUUCAGCAUAUUUAUCAGUCUUGUACACCAAUUUUGUUGUUUUGAGUAAGUUUUUCAUUUUAUAACAGUAUUUGUCUCUUAACAUUUGCAGAUCCGUGGGUCUGUUGCUUCCCUUUGCAGCCCACACAAACAGCUGUAAUUUGCUCUUACCUCUUAAGUCCUUCAGGAUGGCCAGAUCAGGAGUUGGAUCUCAGAUUAAGGUGUGGCUGUCUAGGUCAGACCUGCAUAUUUUACUUGGUUUCUAGCAGUUGGCACCGUGCUCUGGAUGAAAACCCAGAGAAUGGAUGCGGGUGUGCGGUGGUAGGGGAUGUGGUUGUCCUCUUCUGAUCCUUUUUCACAAUAUGCUAGCAAAAUCUGUCGUCAUCCAACAUGGGACACCUCUGAGUUCCUGGAAGAAACGUUUCUCAUCCCUUUCUCUGCUGGCUCCAGCGCCACUGCUCCCCCUUCACUCAGGAGGGAACGAGCAGUGCUUUCUGCCGGAGCUGGUUCUGUUUGACCCAGAGUCCCUGUUGGAGCUUCUGCAGUUGUGCCGAGUUAAAUAGUGAAUUGGACUUGUUUCUCUGCGCUUACUGAUCUGUAACAGCUGUUGCAGUACAGAAAAAAAAUAAUCUCUAGAUAUUUUAGUCACAAGAUCUAAAAAGCUUUGUAAGAACUUAAAGGACUUGUGACUUUCAGCUGUAACAGUUGUAUUCGGAUUUAUUAUUUUAAGGACUUGCUAAGCUAAUGUUUACUUAAGGACUUCUCAUAACAGUUAUUCCUAUCUUACCUAUGACGGUGCUUUUCUGUCCUUAGAACAGGAAAUAACUCUAGUGUCGUAAGCAACAUUUUAAGUUAAGCAUAAGCAUGGGUAAGUGACAGCUUCGUUAGUACUUAAGAUUAUCUGUAAUGUACAACUGUUUGGGGUUUUUUAAAGGCCUUUUUAAUAUCAUUGCAGUAUUAUGCUAAAUUUGGUGGGUUAUGUUUGGGUCCCGUCUGUGUUGCUGCAGCCCCAUCGACUGCAAUGUGCUCAUUGAUUGAACUUUGGUGCAAUUUUCAUAUUUAACUGGAUGGAUAUGGAUGCAGUUGUCCAAAGCCUGUGCCAACUCGGACCCAUGCAACCCUGCCAUGAUUAAUAGUUUUUGCAAGGACAGAUGGAGAGAGCUUUGGAGUGAACGUUGUACUUGUGGUUAAAUACAGUGUAUAUGGUUUGUAGCAUGAGAAGUGACUCAGGGUCCUUAAGAGAGACACACAACCUUCGCCUUGGGUCUCGGGCUUGCAGGCAGGGCUGUUCCAGGCCAUUGUCCGGCUGAUGCUCUUGACAGCUGCUUUGAUUUUUCCUAUCUGAUAGCUUGUUUGAUGACAGAGAGAUGUACGGAAGCACAUUAAUAAAACAUCAUCUGCAUGUUUUUCCAUUUAACAUGUAAGGUCAGUCUUGAUCUUAUGCUUCCCAUAAAAUUUCUCUCAUGUUGAAAUCAGCUCCUUUUAUCAAGCAUUCAUCAUCUUUGCAAUCCAUUUAUAUAGAUGGAUUUUUCUCUUUCCACAAAAAACUGUAAUUUCUAGGUGAACAGGAGGAAAGAACUGUGCCCUCAGAUAUAAGAAAAACUAAAUUGACUGUCCACUUUAACACUUCUUAUAUGUUAACAGCAAUUACAUUCAGGCAGUGUUGAACAAACUCUUUCAGGUCUAUUGUGGUUGCUUAAAAUUGAGAUUAGGGUCUUUGUGAUGUAUCUUCCAUAAAAUUGUGGUUUAUUUGUAGUGUGAAAGGUGUCUGCCCAGCUGUGACCAACGAUGUUGUCUACAAUUUGAUCUUCCAUAACACAAUUAGAGAUGAUGAACAGUCCAAUCACACUUGAAAAUUCUGUUUUCUUCUUCAUUUUAUCAGACAUGGAUGUGACUUCCAGGAAGAAAUGUAGAGGAAGGCUCUUUCUGUACAAUUAAACUGUAGAGAAGGUUUUCAUUGCUCAUUGGGGCCCCGCGGGGCUGCACUGUAAUGCCUGUCAUACAGCAUUCAUAGAAUCAUUAAGUUGGAAAAGGCCUUAGAGAUCAACUCCAUCUGUACCUGUCUGCUACUAUAUCAUGUCCCCAAGCACCUCAUCUACCUGCCUUUUAAACACCUCCAGGGAUGGUGACUCAACCACCUCCCUGGGCAGCCUCUGUCAGUCCUUAAUAACCUUUUCUGUGAAGAAAUUUUUCCUAAUGUCCAAUCUAAACUUCCCUGACAUAGUUUCUAACCAGUGAGGAUGUGGCGUUGUGUCACGCAGCUGUGGAUAUAUGUACAAGUUAAUCUCUUUCCACAGUUCCUCUGGAGACAGUAAUCUCUCCUUUUUUCUCUGCCUGUGCAUACUGGUUUAAAGAAAACAAAACAAAGAAAAAAAACGAGAAGGGAGAGAGCUGCUUACCCAUUGUUUAAUCUGUGUACACAAACAAGGCAGUGAGCACUGCAGUCACCACCAGUCUGCUGCUCUUUCCCAUGAUCAGGAUAGAGGAUGUGGAAAGCUGAUGGGAUGCACAGCACGAAUAAGCUGCAGGCAAAGCUGUGAGGGUUCAGUUAGCUCUUGAAAGCCUUCUCUGUACACGUAGUUGCCAGGGUACUUAUUUAUAUUGACACUUCUUUUGGUACAUCUAAAUUCAUAAGUUUUUUUACUUAGUCUGUGACACAUUUGGUGUUCUUUUUAAUCUUAAAUAUAGUGGCCAGCAUCAAAAGUCCUGUCAGGCAGUUCUAGGGUUUUUUUUACUUGCUGUUCUCUCAUAGGGAGCCUAGAACAUUGCAGUUGGAUAUGGUUUUCAGUCCAAGAAAGAGGGACAAUUCAUUAUCUGUCACCAUCAGUGGUUUUUAAAUCAAAUAAUCUAUUUUCCAGUUAAUUAUAAGAUUUCUUGAUGUAAGCAUUCUACUCCGAUCUUCUGCCUGCAAGAAGCCAAACAAAAGAGACUUUGUAAGAUAAGAAAACUGUUCCCUCCCUGAGAAGUCAUCCCCUCUGAGUACACGGUCUUCCUUCUGUUGCUUGUAUCGCUGUGGGAUGCCCUCUUUUUGGGUUACACUACCAGCUCUGCUCAAAUCUUGACCUGAGACAGAUGGUGCAAACUCUGCACAAUUACAAGAGCAGGAACCACGCAGAGCUCCUUGUGAGAGACCCAAGUACUGUGCAAGUUAAAUGCCUUAACUAACCUAGGGCUGCUUUGAAAAUAGAGGGGAACAAUAGAUUUUAUUUUUUGUUCUUUCCCUAUAGGAGCAAGUGGAAUUGAUUGACCAGAAAAUAAUUAAGCAGUUACUGCCUUUUAUUAAAGGAUAUAGGGGUGUCGGCAUCACUGUUUCUUCUUCCUAAGACAUAAAGAUUUUAGGAUCCAUUUUUUCAAUCCAGUUUCCCAGUUCAUCCUCCCAGCGUUGUUUGCAGUGUUUAACCACAUAUUUGUAACUUCAGUUUUAGAAGGUAUGAGGUGCUAUAUCUUUAAUUCUUCCCACAACAGUAUCUCUUUCUCUUUUCUUCCACUGCACCAUUACAGAUGGAAUUUCUCCACAUGUGCUUACAUUAAAACGCUAGACUUUUCCAACAGCAGACUUGCAGGAAAUGUGGGGUGCUAAGUAACUUAAUGUGAAGGUGACUUGCUCCGUUUGGGGCGACUGGUUAACGAUGUCGUUUUCAACACCUUGCACACCUUCCCAGCUUUUCCUAUAAAGCCAGAGGACAGAGGUUGUCAACCUCAACAAACCAUGUACAUAAGAAGGGCAGAUUUGGCUGUUCAUCUACAGCUCCCAGUUACAGCGGGUGAACUGUUUCCAAGGCAGUGCUGUUGCAGUGGAGCAAGGGCACUGCUAGUUUGAUGUUCAGUAUUGCAUUUGUUGCCACAGAACAUGUUAAUGCUGUUGUGGAAAGUUUUGUGACCUGAUCAAUAUUUUACACGUGUAUCUGUAUUUUUAUCAUAAUAUUGUAAUGGAAAAGGGUCUGGGGUUUGGGAGUCUUAAAAUAAAAAUGAAGGCCCCGGUUCCCAUUUGUGCUACUCUCCUUUGCAUCGUGUUAAAAGGAUAAAGGGGCUCUAAAUGGAUGUAGAUUUAGCUUACGUCCUUCAGAGUAUCCCAUUACACUGAUGAUGGCAUGAGAGGUCAGUAGUAUAAAUCAAAACUAACCAAAUGACUGAUUUGUGCAAUCAUCAGAAUCAAUUUAGUGCUAUCCGUGCUGUGCACAGACUGGCCAGUAACAUCCAGACUGUUCUUAGUUUAGAAAUACAGGUUGAAAAGAAACUGGCUUGGUUUUCAUCAAGUUUUAACUAUUCACUUACAUUGGCUGCCCUUUUCCCAGUGUUGUCUACAGAGUCUCUGGUAAAACUUUUGUACCUCUGGGUAACGCCCUGGCUCGGAAUCUCAUGGAAAUGCCAAUAAUGCUAGUCUAAGCUUUGGUUGUUUUUCUUAAAAAUAUUUGCUUCUGUUUAUCACAACUUGAUCCCUUUUACUUGAUGAUACAAAAUGGGGUUGUGACAAUCUACUGAACUCCAUCCUUCUCUGUGUUAGGACACCUUGGGGUGUGCAGUGUUGGGUGCUGGUGUCACACUGGGGUCAGUUUUGAGACACAAAGCUAAAAGCCAGCAUUUUCUGACUGCCCACACUGUGGUGAUGCUCAGCAGUGAAACUGUUGGCACUGCCCUUUGUGCUCGAGUCAGGCAGAGCUUCCCUUGCUGCAGCGGGAGUUUAUUCUAAGCAUCAAGCCUGGUUACAUUAUAGGUAUGAAAUGCAGUGCGAUGCAAGCUUCUCUUUCAACAAAGUUUGAGGAAAAGGAAAUCUGUUUGCAUUCUUAAAUGUGUGUGCUGCAGUGGUUCUGCAGAGCCGAAUGAGAACAGAUUCCGUGCUAACUUUGUGAAUGCCUGUCUAAUCCAUGCAACUCAAAAGGCAGCAUCUGAAUUUCAUGAAUCUCUUGUCCUCAAAAUGAAAAUAUAACUGUAGGCAAGAAAAACAAAUGUGAUAUCCCAGUACCCCUAAAAGAAAAUCAGUUCUAACCAGUUUAAACAUGUCGGUCUUUAACAGUUGAUCAUUCUAUGAUUAUUUGUUCAGUUUGGAAGAGACAGCUAGCUCUUCAUAAUGUGACGGUAUCACACCAGGUCAUAAAUACUGUUCAGAACUUGCUGUUAUAAGAAAGAACAUUGAUACGUAGGGAGACACUGUACUGAAAUGCAAUGGCUGAUCAUUCUUUCCUGCUUUGCAAAAUUCAGAAAUUAACAGAAUGCCAAGGCGAAAGAAAAAACAAGUCAGCAUUUUCUUUCUUUACUUCUCUUUCUUCUUUUCUUGUUCUUUUUCUUUCUUUCUUUGGGAUGCAUUUGAUAUUUAUUUUUCAACUUUGAAUUUGAAGGUUUGGAUUAUUUCCAGUUACCAACCUACGGUAUUUGGAUCUGGGACAUAAAAUUAACUUCUUUAAACAAAAAAUUAUGUACAGGGAGAAAAAAAUCAGAAAGAAAAAGCACUUCAUUAUGUCACAGUAUUUACAGGAGAAAGUGUAAGAAUUAAUUCUUUCCGUAACAACCAUUUGGGGCCUGAUUCUUCCCUAGUAUAACUGAGCACGGCUCCCUGAGGUGGGGGAGCUGUGAGGAGUUACGCUAGCUGAGAAACUGAACCUUAAAAUCUUCUCUGCAGACAAGGGAACCCUUACCAGCAGUACUUGAAGACUUGUGAGUUGUGACUGCAUGUUACUUGAAAGAUCUAAUUAAGCUAUGUUUUUUGGUGCAAGCAGUUGUUGUACAUGAUUUCAUGUUUAUGUAGCAAGAUGCAUUGAAAUGUUGAUACUAGUAUUGAAAUAUACAUGUAAAAAUUGUUGUUGUGGAAAUUGUCUGUUCUAUUUUUCUUGUGUGUCUCAUCUGUUUAGAACGUAAACUUUCUUUUUUUUUUAUUGUCCUAACUGAAUAAGGCUAAAUGAAUACUGUAAUUGAAAAUAUAUUUUAAAUCUUGUCAUGAGUUUUUAAAAAGACUAUUACAAAUUGUAUCAUUCCUGAUUACACAGAACUUUGUGGGUGGUUUUAAAUAAAUUUUAUACUUCUA